GGAAAUUACAAGAAAAAUGCUCAUGAGCAUUUAUUAAAAUGCCCACAGCAUGAGCAUAUUUUGGUAUGAAUAGUGGUGGUUGUGGGCCCCACAACGUGCAGAUAGCAUUAAAAAAAUUUCGCUGACCCUUCGUCAAAACGCGGUGUUUCGUUGAAGUGGGCUGAAGGGUGUGCAUCAAAACGCUGUGUUUUGAUGUUGGGUUGCUGAAAAAAAAUUAAAAUCUGAUCUGACGCGCGUCAGUCAGAUGGCAAAUGGGGUGCAGCCACGUGUCAUGCGCAGGUUAUUGACCAAUGAGAAAAUACUAGCCGUUUACAACGGUAAUAUUAUUUGUAACUGAUUUUCCGAAAAAUAUAUUUGUUAAAAAAAAAAAAAAAAAUUACCAACGGUCAUAAAAUUAAAUUCUCUAUAAAUAGACAUGCAUUUUGAUAUGUUUUGAUAUAAUUUCGUAAUCACCUAAAAUCCUCCACUUUUUUAUUUUCUUAAGCAUUUUAAAUUUGUAGAAGAAUAUAUUUGUUGCAAAACAUCCAUAUUGAGAAUCUUUUAAUGGAUCCAAACAACCCAAAUUUCCGUCAACAAUUUUCUGGUUUUAGUGAUGAUUUCCUAACUAAUCCCGAGUUUCAAUUGUUCUUGCAAAGAAUGGGCAAUACGUCUUUGCAACCACCUCCACAGUAUCAGACACCUACUCAGUUUCCCCUACGAAACCAUGUUAAUGAAGAAUGUACACCUGAAAUUGAACAUGAUAGCAACACACAAUUCGAUGAGAGCGAAGAAGACAACGUACCAGAGACGCCGCAAUAUCCUCCACCAGUUCCCGAACUGAAAUCCAACCAGGUUGUUGCACGAGCGACUCGAAUUUGGUCAGUUGCGGAAGAUGAAACUCUGAUUGGGUUGUACUUGGAGAUCAGCGAGAAUGCUAUUAAAGGCACGAGCCAGAAAGCAACUUCCCUUUGGCGCGAUGUACACGCAGCAUAUCAACUUGCUCAUGCGGAGAAGCCGCAUAUACUUCCACCAAGACCUAUGAAGAGUCUGACGUCGCACUGGAGAAGGUUGGCAGCAGACACACUACAGUGGAUAUCUUGCUAUGAUGAAGCAGGUAGACUUCCGGAGGGAGGGAGUGGUUACAACGAAGCUGACCGUAUAAAAAGUGCGUCGAAGCUUUUCCAUCUCGCCCAAGGUCGUAAUUUCGCUUUUCCUCACGCUGUUGAAAUGCUUAAUAGAGAUCCAAAGUGGAGGCCAAAGCUGAGAUGGUCCUUGUCAAAGGAGGAAAGAAAAGCUGUUCGUGAUGUUGAGGAGCAAGGUAGUGCUGGAAGUGGGAAGAGGUCCAGAGAUGAUGGAGGGGAUGAAACCCCUACGGAUGGUUUUUCAUCUGGAGGAAUACAACGACCCGAAGGUGUGAAGAAAGCAAAGGCCAAGCGUAAAGGGAAAGAAGUAGCUUCGGACAGUGGUUCGUCUGAGCUUAGCGAACGAAUGAAGGAAUUGGCAACAAUUCGCGAGAGGGAGGCCAUUCUGAAGGAAGAGCGGAUCAAAAUUGAAAGGGAGAAGGAACAGAGGAAAAGGGAGGAACUUGACAUUCAUAAGAUGAAAACCUGGUUUGAUAUGGUGCAAGCUAUGAAGAAUUCGCCUACGCCACUCACUCCUGAAGAAGAGUCGUACAAGAAUUUCUUACUGGGUAAAUUACAGGGCUUAUAAGC